GGAAUGAAUGAGACGAUUGUAAAUUUUGCUUUGUGCGGAGGCGAGUUUAUUUUCAUUUUCAUUUUCCAUAUUUUUACAGUUUUUUGUGCGUUAAUAAUUGCAAAAAUUUGGCGAAAAAAUCUUACUUUUGCUAGUAAAAGUAAAAUUGAAACAUAAAAUUAAUUAUUAGUGUAAUUGAGUAUAAUUAGAGAAGCCAUUGGCAAUUGCUAUCACUGGUUGUCUGGGUCGUCUGGUCAAAGGCAAAAGUGAUUGAUUAGGAGAAGGAGGAAGGAAGAGGAAGUACAGUAAAAAGAAAAGCAGUCGGUGCCGAACUGAAAGACGGCAAGUAAAAGUAUUUGAGUGGAGCAGACGGUCAAGAAAAGAGGGAAAAGAGGUGCACAAACGAGCAAAUACUUGGAGCGGGAACAUUGAUAAAUGCAAUAGAACAAGGCAUUGAGACAACGGCUACGACGUCAAAAGCGAUAGUGCGAGUUGUUGCAUGAAAAACGUCUCUAAAGGAAAAAAAUAUCCAGUCGGCAGAAGGAAGAGGCAAGAAAAGUAUCCAUCAGACGACGACUCUGGUAGAACGGAAAGCACAAAAAAGUGUGAAAGGUCAGCAGGCAGACGAAGAGAAGACAGAAAAUAAAGAAUUCGUGCAAAAUAGUACACUCAGCCAGUAAGCAAAGCCUCAUACAUAUUUGAUAUAUAUGUAAGUAUAACGCAAUCAAAACGGGAAUUAAUAUAUAAAUCGCCAGAAGUACGCAAUUUUGAAAUAUAAAAGAAAUACAAGCGAAGUUAUUCUAUUGACUUACCUAAACGUCAUACCAUAGGUAUAUGUAUAUGCGAAAUACUCUCGAGAAUAUUCAAAAAUUAAUAAAAACCCAUUUGAUUCGACUAGGGUUCUGGUAGAACCAUACACGAUCAAGUGAAAAUCUGGAUUGGUAAGCUAGAAAAAGGAAAACUUCAACAAUCCUCGUGGUUAUUUCUGCCUGCUGUUGCAACAAACGUGCAGAGCAAGUUUUUCAACAAAAUAUUCAUUAUUACUGACUGGAUAAGUAUUUACAAUUAAAGAAGGCUUAGUUUUGAGCUUGAGGCCAGUGAAUAUUUCUUACGACCAGCCGAAUCUGCCGCAUUUGUUGACGACUUGUUGUCGACCAGAGCACGCUUGCUGUGCCACGUGCGAUGUUGCCAUUCACCCCACAAGUAGUUAAACGUUUGUUAGCACUCAAGAAGGGCAACGAAGAUACAGUGGAAGGGAAGUGGUCUGAAAAAGCGGUAAAAAAUCUUGUCAAGAAAGUGAAAAAGAAUAUUCAGCUUGAAGAGUUAGAACGUGCCAUUUCCACACAGAACUGUAACACGCGUUGUGUAACCGUGCCGCGCAGUAAGCCAGGCGCUACUGGCGAAAAUUUGCGCAAAGGCCAACCACACGUCAUAUAUUGUCGCGUAUGGCGCUGGCCGGAUCUACAAUCGCAGAAUGAAUUAAAAGCUUUGGAACAUUGCGAAUACGCUUUUCAUUUGCGUAAGGACGAAAUUUGUAUUAAUCCAUAUCACUACAAAAAGAUUGAGCUAUCAAUUUUGGUGCCAAAAUCAUUGCCGACACCUCCCGAUUCAAUUUCUGACUAUCCUUUGGAUAAUCACACCCACCAAAUACCUAACAAUACCGAGUACAAUGCCGCCACUAUACGCAGCGCUUCGUUGAGUCCGCCACAGUAUAUGGAGUUGUCAAGCCAUCAUCAUCAACAGCAGCAACAACAUUCGCCCGGGGGACUUGUUGGUUUAGGUAUGAGUGCGGCUCAACAGCAACAACAACAGAUUAAUGGGUCACUUGUAGGAUCUGGUGCUUGCAAUAUGGACUCACAAUCAAGUGUACUAAGCGUUGGCAGUAGCAUUCCUAAUACAGGCACCCCACCGCCUGGCUACAUGAGCGAAGAUGGUGAUCCCAUCGAUCCAAAUGACAAUAUGAAUAUGUCAAGAUUGACCCCGCCAGUCGAUGCUAGUCCCGUAAUGUAUCAUGAGCCCGCUUUUUGGUGCUCUAUUUCAUACUAUGAGUUAAAUACGCGUGUUGGUGAAACCUUCCAUGCCUCGCAACCAUCCAUUACAGUGGAUGGGUUCACUGAUCCCUCCAACUCGGAGCGCUUCUGUCUUGGCCUACUUUCAAAUGUGAAUCGUAAUGAAGUAGUUGAACAGACACGUCGUCACAUUGGCAAGGGAGUGCGUCUUUACUAUAUUGGAGGUGAGGUGUUCGCGGAAUGUCUCAGUGAUUCGUCUAUAUUUGUGCAGAGCCCCAAUUGUAAUCAACGCUACGGGUGGCAUCCAGCUACUGUCUGUAAAAUACCACCAGGAUGUAAUUUAAAAAUAUUCAAUAACCAAGAAUUCGCGGCAUUGCUAUCGCAAUCGGUUUCACAGGGGUUUGAGGCCGUAUAUCAAUUAACACGCAUGUGCACCAUACGUAUGUCGUUUGUGAAAGGUUGGGGUGCUGAGUAUAGACGUCAGACGGUUACCUCGACUCCUUGUUGGAUCGAGUUGCAUUUGAAUGGGCCACUACAAUGGCUGGAUCGUGUGCUAACGCAAAUGGGUUCGCCACGUUUACCAUGUAGCUCAAUGUCUUAAAAUGUAAAAUUUAAGUGUGUGAAACGAAGUGGAAGUUGUAUAGAAGGUAGGAGUGCUUAAAUAAAAGCAUUAAUUGAUAGUAAUCGAUGGCCUACAAAGUGAGAGCCUAUAUUUGCACAUAAUUACCAAUUAAUUAAAAUACAUAAAGGUGGGAGCGUAUGGUUGGUUGGUUUAAGGGUGACCCCGCAUCGGAGUGCCACAUAGACCGCAAGUUGGGUCCGUUGUGUUGCCCUAGAGUUCAUUAUAUUAUAUGAUUUCCCCACCUAACCAAGAUGUAUUACUAUAGAUUUUGGUCCAAGAUAUUAAUUCGUAUCGAGAAUUUAAUGAGAGAUUCGAUCCUUGGAGCAUAUAGAAUGAACUUUUGUCUUCAUAGUAACUAUUUUCAUUUUUCAAAAUUUGUGGUAAAUUUUCAAUAUGUAUAUAUUUUUGACGCUUUCUCUUAAAUAUCAGGUCUAAAAUAUCAGACCUAUACUCUCAGAAGAUACUUCAGUUUUGUAUGCUCUAUGUGCAGUGAUCCAGUGAUCAAUACUUUCGCUUUGGAUUUGUCAACAAAGUAGAAGACCCCUUCAAUUAGAGGACUACAAUUUUUUUUAUAGAAUUUAAACUUGUUUUAAGCUUUUAAAGCUUUCAUAUACAUACUCAAUUGCUACAAACAUAGAACAUAUUUCUUUUAAUUACGCCCAAACCACUAAUUUUUAAUUAUUGAUUAGUGGCUAAUAAGCUCAAAUUGAAAUAAAAGAUAAAUCACAUUUUUUGCAAAUAAUAGAUAUGCAGAUAAGUAAGAUGAGUGCAUGGAUAAAUACAUUACGACGAAAGUAUAAAAAUAAGAACAGAUAUAAAAUUAAUAUAGAAAAAAACAUAAAAUUUAUAAUU